GUGAUGUCCCUUUCUCAUCUUAAACACCUUAAUUUCAUCAUCUUUCCCAAGUAGGCCCUCAAUAGUUAUGUAGAUCUUUCUAUUAAUUCAUUCCCCUCUCUCCAUUUUCUUCUUCCCUUACACCACCAUAUCUUUAGAGAGAGAGAGAGAGUUUCACUUUGUUGCCUUGACUAUCCAUCUUUUAUAAAUCUAAACCAAUUCUUGAAUCUUAUAACUUUUUACUCUCUUAUCCCUCUUUAUCCUUCAAAGACCUACACACUCAAAUAAGACAACUUUGCACAAUCCAGUUGUGUGAUUGUACUAUAAUCCCGAGUGAGUGUCCACGCAUAAAACAAGAAGCAUAUACUUAUAUAUUAUGUAUGCAUCAUCAAGCUAAGUGAUUGAUUUCGAUUAAUUCUUCGAUGCACUAGUUGAGUUGUGACUCCAUUUGAUCUCGAGGGUUUUGCCAUAGUUUUAUGGCCAUUGCCGCAGCCAUGAAUAAUCAAGAAAGCAAGCAAGACGAGCACGAAAACGAUGUCGUGAUGCCCGGCUUCCGCUUCCACCCCACCGAGGAAGAGCUCGUCGAAUUCUACCUCCGCCGUAAGGUGGAGGGCAAGCGCUUCAACGUCGAACUCAUCACUUUUCUAGACCUCUACCGCUAUGACCCUUGGGAACUUCCAGCGCUGGCGGCUAUAGGGGAGAAAGAGUGGUACUUCUAUGUGCCGAGAGAUAGGAAGUAUAGGAACGGCGAUCGGCCCAAUCGCGUGACGACAUCUGGCUACUGGAAGGCCACCGGCGCCGAUCGCAUGAUCCGCAGCGAGAAUCUCCGAUCUAUCGGCCUCAAAAAAACCCUCGUUUUCUACUCCGGCAAAGCCCCUAAGGGCAUCCGUACUAGUUGGAUCAUGAACGAGUACCGCCUCCCCCACCACGACACUGAGCGUCUACAAAAGGCCGAAAUUUCCCUUUGCCGCGUGUACAAAAGGGCGGGAGUGGAAGACCACCCAUCCCUACCGCGGUGCCUCCCGACCAAGGCCACGGCGUCAUCGUCAAGAGGGUCGCAGCAAGCGCGGAAGCAGCAGGAGACGUCGACGUCGUCGAGGGGCCUCAUCUUCCAACCAAGCUACGGCGGAUCGCCGCAGCAAACCGACGGAAAAUUGAGCGAGACGAGCCCGACAAGCAGCGCCGACAUCGGCACCUCCCUUGCUCUCUCGCACGGCACCUCUUUCUCCAUUAAUCCAUUAGCCCCGAUCGUCGCCGGAGAAGACGGCCAUCUGCAGCAGCAGCCGAAGACCAUCUUUUCCACCGCUGCCUCGAGCUCCAACGCCAUUGACGAUCUCCAUAAAUUCGUCCAAAAUUACUCGUCGUCGCAGCAAGCCAUCGGCCACGAAAGCCAUCAUCACUACAAUCCGCCCAAUUUGGUGUCGCACUUCGCGGCUUUGCAGCCGGAGACGCAGGAGCUCGGUGCCGUUCCGGCCUCGCUUCCAGCGGCCGCGGCAUACUCGGACCGAUUGUGGGAGUGGAGUGGAAUCUCGGAGGCGGGCAAGGAUUACAGCAAUCUCUUCAAGUAACUUUAAUUAAUUGUUAUCUUAUGGAGUAUGCACAUAUAUUGAUUUGCUUUGCGUAUACCCCAACCCUAUGCCUGCUGAUGCUGAUUUUAUGUUGAUUGACUUCUUCGCGGCAUACUUUUAAAUGAACGUUGUGGCGAAAGACUUAUUUGCAGUGCUAAUAAUUUCAUUUUCCUAGUUA